AUGGCGGCAUACUACCUUGGAUUCGAAUUCCAGCUGUGUCAGUGUCAGGAGGCGGAGAACCAGGAUGAGAUGCAGGAGCAGCUGGGGUGCGGAGGCAUUGGUGCCUUGGCUGGGCAGGAAGUGUGCAACGCAGCCUCCGGUGAGGUGGACACUGUGACAUGCCCAGAGGGCGCGCGCGGGUGCAACCUCGAGGGCCAGCCGAUGCACAGCGUCCAGGUGCAGACCGCAGAGCCGGCAGCCGCGGCCAGCAAUGAUUACCAGGCGGAGCUGACGAAGUCCGGGAUUCAGAAGGCGGCGCCGGGGCAGCGGAAGGUGCUCCGGAAGGGCGCGAAGCUGGUCGCGCCCCGUCGCGCCGCGCGGGCGGGGCGAGCGACCCUGCGCGGCGUCAGAAGCCGAGGGGCGCGGCACGCCGCGCGGGCGGGCCACAUGGGGCGGCCCGGCGCCGCGCGCGUCGCGGGGGGGGCCCACGUGCUGCUCGUAGCCAUCUUCGUCUACUUGGCAUUCGCCCCCACGGCGGAUGACCCUCCCGAGCAGCCGGCGCUGCAGGCCGCGCUCAGGACGGCGCUGCCCAGGCCGGAGCGAUGGGCGCAGGCCGCGCGCAGGGUGCUCAAUCAGCCGGCACAGGGCAGCGCAGAGUGGAUCUUCUGCGCGCCCCAGUGGCAGGAGCUGCCAUUGCCAGGGGAAGAUCCGCUGGGGCAGCAAGACCAGGUGGCAGGAGAUCCCCGCCGACCCGUCCACGGGAGAGGCCAAAGUCAAGUGCGACAUAUCGAACCUGCAGGACGACAUCGCCCCCGGGGACGCCCAGAAGCACUGCCAGUGCCGGGGCGGCCAGGGAGCAUCAACCCUGGACUUCUGCCACGUCAGGGCGCUGAGGUGGCCAGCGGCCUGCAGGCGGCGUCGUGCGAGAUCUUCGAGGCGGGCGCUUGGCAAGGCUUCCGCGCGGCCGCCGUGCAGUGGGAGGCCGUGCAGCCGCUGUGCCAGCCCAAGCUGUGGGAGACGCAGGGGCUCGCCGAGGCGGGACCGAAGGCCUUGGACGGAGCGCUGGUGCAGCACCUCCUGAAGGACGCGUGGGUGGACCCGCGGUUUGUGGGCAACUACGUUCGGCUGUACAACGCCUCGGGCUGGAUCCCGCGUGCCUUCGUCAACUACUACUCGGGCGCGACGGGCGGCAAGAUCCAGCGGAUGACCGAGGAUACGCUGCAGAAGAGGUUGAGCCACGUGCCGCCCUCUCCUCCUCCAUCUUUCCAGCGAGGCUUCUGCCCUCCUCCUGUCGAGCACUACUCCUCUUUCCCGUGGUACCCCAGCUGUUGCCCCGCCUUUCCAGCGCUCUGUCGGAUUAUUUUCUGCCUCAAGCUGACCAUCGACAUUUGGCGCGGGAGUUGCUGGAUAACCUUCCACUAG